AGACUGUUCAGUAUUUACCAAAGUGUUGAUCACACCUUUAAAAGAAUAAUGUAGUUCGCAUAUUUAAUUAUUUACUAGAGUGAUAGUGUUAAACCCUGUGAAAUUAUUAAUUACAAGCAAGUCAGUAGGUAUUCUGAACUUGUCAAAAGAAAAUUGUGGGAGAUAAUUGAAAGUAAAAAUCGGCAAAAAUUUAAAUGUGGCAAUACUAUAGUUUGGAUUGGAGAUAUUGAUUUUCAUAUAAGGUUUGAGUGGAUAAGAGUUUAUGUCUAUCUUAAAGAUAUUCAACCAGUUGUUGAUUGUCAACAUGAAGAAAUGAAGAAAUUAAACCAGCCAUCGGUCAUGGAGAAGUGAUUUCAGAUAGAGGACUGAGUUACAAUGGAUACCUCAGACAUCCAGGGAGAUGAGACAGUGAGUCUGUCGGAUGUAUUGGUUGCCCGUGAUACAUGUCUACCGGAGGAUGAAUUAUGGGCACUGUGUCGGGAAUGCUGCCUCGUUCUGGAAGUAGUGAACAACUCCCCAGAUAUGUUUCAAACUUUGUGCGUUACUCCAGAUACAGUGGCGUUUGAUCAAGUUGGAAAUGUCUGCUUCCUUGACCUUGAUGUUGAUCCAGAACCAAUUUACCUGCCUCCAGAAUACAGCACAAAUGGAAAUUCAUACAAGGCUCACCUGUUCUCACUGGGCAUGACCUUGCUGUAUGCUGCUGAGUAUAAUGUGGACCAAUCAAAAGAGGCUGUCUCGGCAGAGUUACGGGAAGUGUUGGGUCGUAUGACAGCAGAUGAGACAACGAGUCGUCCUGAUUUAGAAUCGACCAUUAUACUCUGUGAGGAGCAGUUGUGUGGGCAGUCAUCGCAGGAAGUGUGCUGCGGCAUCGCAGCGAUUGUGGGAUUCGGUCUGCCACAAGAAGUCAUGGUUGAGGCUCUGUACUGGAAAGGGGGUAACAUGAGUAACCUAUAUGGCAUCGCCUCCGAAACCAGUACCCCAGAUUAUGUUUUAAAUACUUUUGAUGACAACACACAAGCUACAGUUAGUUAUGCAACGGAUCUCGGAGUAUCACCAGAUGCUGACUCGUAUAUGCAAUCGGAGCAGGGCGAUGCUACGUGUUGUGAUGAUAUUCCCGAUUUAACGGAAGAUGUGUCGCAAGCCGAAUCUCUGCCAUUGUCUGAACAAGAAACCGUGUUGUCAGAACAAGAAACCCUAUUGUCAGAACAAGAAACAUUAUUUUCAGAACAGGAUACACUGUUGUCAGAACAAGGGACUGUAAUUGUCACAGAAACUACGGAAUCUCACGAUGAUUCUCUGAGUGAAGAACAAGAAAUGAAUCGUAAACAGAGAAAAACGUCUUCCUCAAAGCAAGGAUUAAGUGGGGGCGAGUCUUUCAAACAAAACGAAAAUUUAAAUACUUCAAAUAUUAAUAAUAAACAGAAACCCUCUCUUCCAAAGAAACCUGAUAUUAAUUUUAACGCAUCUGGACAGAAAACUAGUGUUGCUAAUGGAAGCCUGUCAAAGAAAACUCAAGAUGGCGAAUUAGUUGUGUCAGAAUUAUUUAGUGAAAGUGAAUCGGAUCAAAGUCGGAAAGAUUCUGACAAAAGUGUACAGGAUAAGAAACAAAAAUUGACAAAUGGUUCGAUAACGGGGGAAAAACUAGCAAGUACAGAUUCAAAAUCAAAAGAUUCAAGAAAUAACGGUUCUAAUUUAAAUAGAAAGGAUGUUCAUAGAGAUAGUAAUCAAAAUAUUACAUAUUUGAAAUAUGAAGAAAAAACUUCGAAAGAAAUUAAAAAUUCUUCGCAAACGUUGACGGGUAUGAGUGAAAAGCAGACGGCAUUUGGAGGGAAUAAUAAAACUGACAUGACAGUCGAAAAUGGCAGUGCUAAAAAUAAAAGGAAUAAAAGAAAACAGGGUCUGACAGUGUCUGACAUUUUGGAUGCACUAGAGAGGAACCUGGCGGAAUCCGAGUUAUGGGCAUUGUGUAAGGAGGGUACUGCAGCGUUACAGAGGAAAAAGAAACAUUUACCUGCAUACCUGUCACCAGAUACCCUGGUUAUUAGAGAGUCAGGAAAUGUGUCAUUUAAAGCAAUCCCAGAGGAAAAGCCAUUAGAGGUGAUAUUUAUGGCUCCAGAAUUGCAGAAGAAAGGAGAACUCUCAGAAAAGACUUGUCUGUUUGGUCUUAGUGUGACAUUGAGGUGUGCUGCGGGGAAGAAAUACUCGUCAGUAUCGGCGAUGAGUGUCAGUUCCGAUCUGAAAGACCUACUACAAUACCUCGCCGACAGUAACCCAGUCAAACGUCCAGAACUUGUCGAUAUUGCAAAGGUAUGCAAUGAACACAAUAAUGGGACCAGUUCUGACAGUGUCUGUGCUAAACUAUUCCAGGAGGCCUAUCAGGCAAUGAAUGAAAAGGAAGAAGCCAGUCAGAGACAGCAGAAAGAGGCUGCUGCAAAAUCAGAGAUCUCACAAAAACAGAGCCCACCUUCUGCAUUUAAACCUGCAGGUGGCUCCUCCUUUCAACCAGUCAAACCUGCCCCAGUAGGCGGGGCUUCAGGAGGAGCAUUCUGUCCAGUGCCUAAGAAAAUUAGUCCAAAUAAGGAAAAUACAAUCUCUGAACCCAGAAUACCAAGUGCUUUCUCAUCACCUGCUACACAUUUUAAACCAAUCAUAUUACAGCAGACAUCAGCCAAUGAAAAACCUGCUACUGUACAGGAAGAAAAAACAAAUACUUCAAAAGAAAAAUCAGCAGCUAAGUCCUCAGUACAAACUUCACAGAAAAAACCCAGUCCAGAUCCAAAUGCUGAUAAAGAAAAAGAAGUAGUGAAAAAAUUAAAGGAAUUAAAAAAGAAUUUAAUGAAACACAAACAGCCGUCUAUGGCUAAAGAAAUAGAAAAUGAAGAUAAAGUGUCAGAUACAUCAAAAGAAAGUACCAGUAAAAGCUCAACACCAAAUAAAAAAUCCUUGCCACCUACACCAAAGAAAUCCAGCUCCAAAAGCAGUGAGAGAAAACGCAGAGGCUCGAGUGGAGCUCUGGACGCAUUACUCAAGGAGAUACAGAAACAGGGCAAUGUUCCUGAUACUCAUUCUUUAGCUUCAGCUAUAGCAGGUGUCCUUCACAACCAUCUAAAUCAGGGAGAUUCUUCAACAAAAACUGAGAACCAGCCUAAAAAUACUGGUGACCUUGAUAUGACAGUGACGUCUGCUCAGGCAAGUUUAGGUCAAGGUCAGACUUUACAAAAUUUGAAUAUUCCGUCUCAGUAUCAUUCUCAGUUGUUAGGACAGACAAUGACAUUGCCUGGAAUGCAGUAUGGAGGGAAUGUUUACUCAGGUCUUCCCCAGUUUCAGUUCCAACAGGACCCUGUGACUGGAUUUUUACAACUUGUACCAGUGGUUGCUAUGAGACCACAAAGUGUGCAUAGUAACAGUGGAAGUGUGCAUAGUGCCAGGGAUUUUACUUCACCAACUGGUUCUAGUUCAGUGAUAAAAGAUAUAAAUAGUCCAGAAAUGUCUCCCAAAGCUUAUCAUAAUCAAAGUGAUUUAAGUAAUCAGAGUGCAAUAUCAGAUCCGUCUGGGUCACGGGGAAAAGCUCCCCAUGGUAGAACUGCUAAAGACUUAGUGCAAAAGACAGCAAACUUGCGUGCCAAAAACUUAGGCCGUCCUUCGCCAUCUAAUUUAUUAAAUAUUCCGAGAGAAUUAAGUGGCUUACAGAAAUGGAAAUCUGACCAUGCUUUAGAUCGUGGGGAGGCACAGUUUUACUCAGACAGUGAACGAUUUCACAAGCAUGGUUCAUUUUCUAGUCUUUCAUUUUCAAACAAACUUGCUACAGGUUUUGUGUUUGACGAUUCAAUGCUAAAUGCUAAUAGAAAUGCUCAAAUGGCGGGGUUUCCUCGACCUAAUGGAGGACCGCAUUACCGCUCGCCUGAAGAAAUGCAUAGACAUAUUCUGAACUCUACCGCAUCAUCUCCCUCCCCGUCAACACAUGAUAGUGGGAUCGGGGGAAUGAAUCAUGGUAUAUUCCGAGGUAACGUACCAGGAUCUGAUGCUACCCUUAUGGAUAGAUUACUUAAUAGUAAUGAAAAUGGGAAGCAGCAAAGAAUUCUGGGUAAAAUUGUUCACCUCCUUAGAGAAGAGUUUGCCUUUGAUGGUUACAUGGAAAAUGGUGUGGAAGACUUAGCUAUGGCUGAGUAUAUAUCGUCACUGGGAGUGUUGAAAUGGGAAACAUUUAAGAGUGCCAUCAGUGAGAAAUACAGUGACAUCUACUGGCAUGACGAGUUGUUGAAGAACCUGUAUGCUGCUGUCAAUAGUGGCAGACCUCCAUCUGGGAGCAGAGGAGGUUCUGGUCAGUCCCGAGGACCAGCUGGUCAAAGGAAACAGAGACAAGCUGGGAACCAGGAUGAUGACUCAUCAGGACUCUCAGAAACCAACGAGGGCUCAAGGAAGACAACUCAUGAAAGACUUCAACCACAGUUGUCGCCCUUGCAGGGUCAACAGAGGUUGAAUGUAAACAAAAACAAUCAGCAUGCUGACACGUCAGAUUCCACAGACACAGAGAAUUAUGGGAAGAGACGACGUAUAAAAACUAAACAUGAAUUGGAUAAAAUGAAAAGUUCAUCUAAUAGUAAUUUGUUAACAGAAAAUUCUCAGCCUACUAUAGGAAAUGUGAUAAAUAUGCCAUCUAAUAGUUCUACUAGUGUUUCUAAUAACCAGGCUUCCAGUCGUGUCAACUUGCCACAAAGCACUGUGAUAAACAGACAACAUUCUGUUGAUAAUAUGGUUCCUUUAGCACAAAAUUCUCAAAGUAUUCCUAGACCAACCAGUCUUAGUGCAUCUUAUGACUCCCCACAAAUGCAAACUUUAAGACAAAAUUCAGCACCAGGAAAUGCAUUACAAGGUAAUAGUGAUUUGAAACAGAACAAUUUGACUGUGAAUGGAUUAUCAAGUCCACAAAGGUCAAGUGACAAGGACACAGGGUUGUCAAGGGAGAUGAGCCUGUCAUCACACAGCAGCAGUCAGUCUGACCUAGUUAAGGAAGGUGAGGGUGUUGCCGUGGAAAAGAGAGGUCAUGUGGUGUAUCACUGGGCAAUGAUACAGCUGUGUAUGUCGCAGGAAAUGGAAAGAUUCAUGCAAGAUAUUGAUGAACAGAACCAUAAAAUGUUGUUAUCAAAGUUAUCUGCCCUUAGUCAGGAAAUCAAAAUGGAGAAACGCUCAAGAAAAAGAACUCAGAAAUUUUAUAAAAGUCUUGUAGACACAAACAAAAAUAGUACUUUUGAAGUGUCUAAAAAUGACAAAGCAAUGAAAGCUGAGAAGACACAGUUGUUACAAGUUGCCAAGGACAUCACUGAGAUGACACGAAGAAUCGUGUUUAUUGACCUUUGUAAAACCCAUAUACAGAUGUUAUUAGCAGAGCUUCAGGGUAUAGAUGUCAGUUAUCUUCACUCAAUAGCAAUAUCUGCCCCAGGGGAGCCCCUGCAUCUCCAGCCCCGCCCUGACAAUCCCCUGCUACAAUUCCAGACUCUGCGUGAACCCCACACAGGUUGUGAGAUACAAGCCCUGCAUGCCGGAACUCCUGAAGGUCUCAUGGCCUACCUGUUUGCAUCCACUGCACUGAGUGAUGGUUAUAUACACCAGUUCCUUUUUUGUUACCGUUACUUCACCACAGCAACAGAGGUCAUGACCUUUCUCAUCAACAAGUUUGCUGCGGCAACUAAAGUGCUUACAAUUAAGUUAAAAAAGAGGUCGGGUUCAACAGAGACGAAUAUUUCCCGCCUAAAACAGAGGACAGUGGAUCUUCUCCAUUAUUGGUUAGAGGGGUAUUACAGUAUUGACUUUCAGGGAAAACCCACUCUCGUUAACAUGUUGAGGUCCUUUAUCAAAGAUCAUAUUAAUGAUGACUCAGAGGGAGGUCAAAGUUUACUGUCGUUGCUAAGCAACUGUUCCUCUGGAAACAACCUUGAACUUUCCUCUGCUGACCCUGAUGAAGCAGAAAUGCAUUUCUGGCAGACUAGUGUACCCAAGGUCAAGCAAACCCAGACUGAGAAAAAGAAGGAGUGGGAAUCUUUCAAGGCCCUGGUCCGCGGUAAAUCCAGUGCUAAAGAAAAAGCUGGGAAGGUGACAAUAUCAGCAGUAUGUGUAGAACGGCGUCGGCGAAGCAUGGAAAACCCAGAAGUAUUUCCGAUUUUACAGCGAGCUAGGAGGACUGAUACGUUCAUGCUUGCUGAUUAUACAGCGCAGUGUCUCGCUGAACAGCUCUGUCUAAUUGAACAGGCAAUAUUUCAGCGUACUCACCCAGUACAUUACCUCGACUCAAAAUCUCGAGGAGUGGGCGUGGCUCUCACAAUGAAGGGCAUGAAAACACCAGCUAUGGCCAGAAGGAGUGGUGUAGAGGAUACAGUUGGUCUAUUUGUGGAGCCGUUACACGAUGAUGCUGCCAUACAAAAAAUGAUUGACCAUGCCCAGGAAGUGUCACAUUGGGUUGCUGGAGAAAUUGUCGCAUGUAGUAAUCCAAAGACACAGAUUGCCUUGUUGUCCAAGUUCUUGUUUAUCGGCCAUGCCUGUGUGGAACUGCGUAACUUUGCUACCAGUAUGGCAAUACUGGAUGGCCUUGAAAACCUCAUUGUCAAGCAGCUACCAGCCUGGAAAAGUCUGCCAGCAAAAUGCACCGCCAUACUUGAUGAACUCUGUGCCUCUAGGAUGUUUCUGAAGAAUGACCCAUUAUCGCUAAUGCAGCAGGACAAAGAUUGCCAUCUAUAUCCCACAAUUCCCUCUGCUGUCAUCUUUCUGUUGCACAUACAGCAGCUUGAAAUAGGAGGAUUUAGACUUGCCAAUCAGAUGUACAAGUGGGGAAAAAUUAGGUCAAUAUGCCAAGUGAUAGAUCAGAUAAGGGUCUACAGGGAGCACAUGUACGGGUUUGAAGCAGAUCAUAACCUAGAGGAUACGCUGCGUCAGCGUAUACAUCAGAUGUCAGACCAGGACAUUCAUGACCUUGCCGCACAACAUGAUAUCAACUACCAGAAAAUGUCAUCAGGCUCGGGAAUUUCAGGUGCUUUCAAAAAAAUGAAAGGAAAGUUUCAAUCUAAAUCGUAACGGGAUAUUAAUGUGCUGAUUUCUAACUUGUUCAUCCUGAAAAAUACAGCAGUUGAAAAAAAGGAGUUUUCACAAAACAUGCUGGAUUCAAAAUCUUAGAGAAAAUAAUAGCACUAAAAAUAUUAUUAUAUGCUAGCUGGCAAACACAGUUGUUACAUCUGAGGUAACUGGAGUUGAGAGUGAAGUAAGUGUUUGGGCAAACUUGCAGUGACAUAGACUACACUUUGAUUGGACAAGUGUUUAUAAUCAUGGAAAAUACAUUGAGAGCUUUAUCAGGAAAAUUCUGGGGAAAACUUUAAGGCGAGCAUAUACAGCUUAAAUAUUAGAUUUUUAAAAAAAUUAAUGGCGCUAUGUAUUUUUUUGUUAAAGAUAUGAGCUGUAGAAUAACUUGGUAAAGAUUGGGGAGUUAUUUGCCAAAACCAAGAACCAGUUAGAAGCCCCCUUAUAUUGUGGAAGUAUUAACAAUUGUUACUUUGAUACCUAGAUAAGCAGGAGUACUGUCAAACCUAUAAGUGAAGACCAUGCUAUGGAAAAGCCAAAAAUGUUGUUUGUUUGUUGGGUUGUCUUUAUUAACAGGUUUAGGUACUCUGCAAAUGUUAAAAUUGAAGAGUCAUGUGGUCUGUGUUCUCAGGUCUUAAGAAUUGGGUGGACUCUGUUCACGUAAGAUACUCAACACAGGUUUGAUUGAAUCAUUUGAAAUGAUAGUGCUGACAGUAGACACUGGUACUAUGUAAGACAAAAAUAUUCCACAUACUUAUCUUCACAUGAUUUUACAAUUGAUAUGCUACAUAUUUGUUAUGUAUGAUUUAAAGCAGGAGUUAUCACCCCUUUUCAAAAUAACACCAUUUGUAAAAUACAAGGGAGGCUAUUCACAGUGUGUUGGCCAGUAUUAAUGACAUUUUUAUUAUUUUGUAAGGAUCUGAAGACUGUGAUAUUAGUUUACAGUAUUGUAAACAUAUUAAUAUAUUGUAUAUACAUGUACAUUAUAAUAAUUAUGCUAAUGGUAAUUGUUGUGUACUUCAUGGGUACUUCAUUUUGUGACAUUCUGAUUGGUGACUUUAGAAUAGUGAUCUUGCAGACUUUUAUUUACCUCAGUCAUUGAUCUUGUUUGGCCUUCUGUGUUUUAAACUAAGACCACUAUGUAAGGUAUAACAUCUUGACUGUGGAGACAGAUCUUAUUAUGCCCCCCUUUGAAGAAGGAGGGGUAUAUCGUUUUGCAGAUGUUGGUCUGGCGGUCGGUCGGUAUGUAGACCAAUCCGUUUCCGGAUGAUAACUCAAGAAUGCUUGGGCCUAGGAUCAUGAAUGUUGAUAGGGAGGUUGGUCAUCACCAGCAGAUGACGCCUAUUGAUUUUGAGGUCAGUAUGUCAAAGGUCAAGGUCACAGUGACCUGGAACAGUUAAACAGUUUCAAGAUGAUAACUCAAGAAUGCUUGGGCCUGGUAUCAUUAAAGUUGAUAGGGAGGUUGGUCAUGACCAGCAGGUGACCCCUAUUGAUUUUGAUGUCAGUAGGUCAAAGAUGAAGGUCAGAAAAACGGUUUCCGAACAAUAACUCAAGACUGCUUGGGCCAAGGAUCAUGAAAGUUGAUAGGGAGGUUGGUCAUUACCAGCGGAUGACCCCUAUUGAUUUUGAGAUCAAUAGGUCAAAGGUCAAGGUCACAGUGACCAGGAACAGUAAAAUGGUUUCCGGAAGAUAUUUCAAGUAGGCUUGGGCCUAGGAUCGUGAAAAUUGAUAGGGAGGUUGGUCAUGUCCAGCAGAUAACCCCUAUUGAUUUUGAGGUCAUUAAGUCAUAGUUCAAGAUCACAUUGGCCAGGAACAGUUGAACGGUUUCCAGACAAUAACUCAAGACCACUUGGGCCAAGGAUCAUGAAAGUUGAUAGAGAAGUUAAUCAUGACCAGCAGAUGACCCCUAUUGAUUUUUAGGCCAGUAGGUCAAAGGUCAAGGUUAUAGUGACCCGGAACAGUUAAACUGUUUUCAGAGGAUUAUUUGAGAACGCUUGGGCCUAGGAUGACAAAACUUGAUAGGGAGAUUGGACAUGAUCAGUAGAUGACCCCAAUAGAUUUUGAGGUCAGUAGGCCAAAGGUCUAGGUCACAUUGAUCCAGAACAGUUAAACCCUUUACAGACGAUAACUUGAGAACGCUUGGGCCUAGGAUCACAAAACUUAUUAGGGAGGUUGAUCAUGACCAGCAGAUGACCCCUGUUGAUUUUGAGGUCAAUAGAUCAAAGGUCAAGGUCACAUUGAACCAGAACAAAAGAACUUUUGUUUACAGUGAGCAAAUAAUUUCUGUUUCUUUUGCAAUUACUGAAUGCAUCAAGGGGGGCAUUUUAUGUUCUAUGAGCUCUUGUUUCAAUACUUUUUGUUUAACUAAUGUUUAGUUAUAUCAUAUUGAAAUAUUUGUUUAUCUACCAAAGUAAAAAUCAGUCUUCCUAGAAGAGAUCUUAUAUCGUCUUUAUGUGUGAUAUCUGAUUGCAAUACCAUGAUAUUAAAACUAUAUAUCUUUUAUAUUGUAGCAAAAUAAGGGAUUCUGUUACAUUUUGACCAGUAUCUGGUUGAAUUCGACCAAUGUCUGUCCGUCUGCCUGCCUGCCUCUCUGCAUGUUUCUCUUACCUCUGCAGGUCACGGGUUUGAGAGUUUCUAAGAAAUUAAUAUCAGCUUUGGGAACUUUAAAACGCAAAUGUCAUUCAUUGAUUUAUAGUCAUGCUCAGCUAAUAAAAGCACUAUGGGUAAUCAUUAAAGAAAUUAUAAUGGAUAUUGUUCAUGUUGGUUGGUUAACAGACCUUUAGGUAAUACAAUUGUAGCAAGUUACUGUACAAAUGAUAAUUUGAUUUGUAAGAUCAAAUUCCAAGCUUUUUUUGUUACUCCCACUCCCACCACACACACAUCAUGAAUGUAUAUAAUGGUUUUUAUAAAUUUUGUAAUAACUGUAAAACUAAAUGUAUGUGAGGUAAUAUUAAAUGUAUUUAUAUUCUUAUCUGUAGAGGUUGAUAUGUGUAUGUAUACAGAUGUAUGUGGAAAGUUUCUAUUUAAAUAUUUGUUUCUGGCAAGAAUAUCACAAUAAAUUACAAUUUUUUUCUAUGUUAUUUGGAUGUGUAGCUUUAAUGCAGUAUUACACAAUAUAAUUGAGGUUGAAAGACUAGUAUGACUGAUUAUGAAAAAUCUUAAUAUCAAUAACAUGUAGUUUGAUAUAUUCUGUAGUGUCACAAGGGGCCUCUGUGGCUGAAUGGUUGAAUCACUUGCCCCUCACCACUGUGGGAUUGAAACCUCACUUAAGGUGUAGAAUUCUUCCAUGUGAGGUAGCCAUCCAGCUGGCAUAUAGAAAGUUGGUGCUUCCAUCCACGUGUCUGCAAAUAAUGAAAUAAUAGUACCAAAGGUCUUCCUCCACAAUCAAAUUCUGGAAAGUCGCCUCAUCUAUAAUUGUAUUGCUGUGGUAUUAAAGCCGACAAAAAACUAGUAUCAAAGUAAAUGUAAAGGUUACUACUUUCUAUUUAGCAACAAAUUUAUAUUGUGUAAUUUAUGCAGUGGAAAGCUUUUUUACAUCUUCGAGUCACUACACCAGUGUUUGCUAUUAAAUCACUAUGCGAGUGUUAGCAGUCACUACACAAGUAUAGACAGAUCACUACACAAGUGUAAGGUCACUUCACGAGUUUUAGUGCAGCACUACAACAAUGUUUGUAGAGACACUACCCAAGAUUUUGUAGCAUCAAAACACAGGUGUUUGUGCUUUAAAAAAAAUGCUGCCUCAAGUUCGGCAGAUCUCGGGGGGGGGGGGGGGGGGGGGGGGGGGGUGUUGUGUUUGUUUUUCAGUUACUUUUAAAUAGGAGUACUUUCUUAAUUUAGAAAACCUUGACAUAAACCUGGGAGCAUGUGUCAUCAAUUAAAUGCCACUUUGCACACUGAAACACUUUAAACUUUAGAAUUGACAUUUUAAUGUCUACAAUACUUUGGAGUAGGGAGUGUCAGACAUAUUACAUAUGAUGUAAAGAAAUCCUACCAGUAUCUUUUCACAUACAUAUGAGCCAUGAUAUGCAAGUUUAGGCCUGUGUAAUUAUUUAGAGUUUGACCUUGACCUUGUACAAAAAGAUCUGUGAUAUGAGCUGUGUGAUAUGGGUUUGGGUCAAUAUAACAAACAUGAUAUUAUAUUGUUUUUAGACUUUAUCAAAAUUGUAAAUACAAAAUUUUAAAUAAAAUAUUUUUGCAAGAUUUAUUUACCUAUAUUUUUUUGUAU